AAGGCGUUCAUAUUUGUGGAGCGGAACCUCUUAUCUGUUGCCUACAAGAACGUAAUUGGGGCCCGCCGUGCCUCAUGGCGCAUUAUCUCCUCCAUUGAGCAUAAGGAGGAGUCCCGCAAGAAUGAGGAACAUGUUAUUCAGAUCAAGGAGUACCGUGGCAAGAUUGAGGCUGAAUUGAGCAACAUUUGUGAUGGUAUCCUGAAGUUGAUCGACUCUCACCUUGUGCCUUCCUCCACUGCUGCAGAGUCGAAGGUGUUUUACCUCAAGAUGAAGGGAGAUUAUCACAGGUACCUUGCUGAGUUUAAGACUGGUGCUGAGAGGAAGGAAGCUGCAGAGAGUACAAUGAUAGCUUAUAACGCAGCUCAGGAUAUUGCGUUGGCGGAACUGGCAUCUACUCAUCCCAUAAGACUUGGACUUGCACUUAACUUCUCAGUUUUCUAUUACGAGAUUCUGAACUCUCCAGACAAAGCUUGCAACCUUGCCAGGCAGGCGUUUGAUGAGGCUAUUUCUCAGUUGGAUACGCUUGGCGAGGAUUCAUACAAAGAUAGCACCUUAAUCAUGCAGCUCCUGAGGGACAACUUAACCCUAUGGUCCGCUGACAACACAACGUUAACGAAGCGGAGCACCUGA